ACGACCAAGUCCCGCCAGUUAAAGUCAGGGAGGCUGAGGGAAAAAAACUCAGAGGAAGGAAGAAAGAAAAGAGUUAAAAACUUGUUUAGUCGCAGUGUGUGAUGUGUGUUCAGCCUCUGCGGACGAGACAGAACAUCUAAUGAAGUCUGAAUAAAUAAAUUACAGGUUGUAUUAGAGACCUAAGGCGGUUUAAGUAUCUGGAGAAAGAAAGCAGCUGUUCAACUUCUUUUGUUUGUUUUAGCGCUGAAACUCUCAGAGAGAGCAGGAACUAAAGGAGGAGCACGUGCACUCUGACAUCUGUGUGAGAGGACAGACAAUGAAACAAAUGGCUCCUUCACUCACUCAAGCAUUUCGUAGGCGAUGGUGGAUGGCCUGCACGGCUGUGGUGGAGAAUCUGUGCUUUUCUGCAGUUCUGCUCGGCUGGGGGUCUCUGCUAAUCAUGCUAAAAAUGGAGGGAUUCUACUCACACCUCUGCACAGUAAACAAGACUGUGGACCCUCGUCAGCACUCCAAUGUUUCAGAAGGUCGGCAAAGCUGUGUGGAGCAGGAAGAGAUGCUGAACCUUGGCUUUACAAUCGGCUCCUUCUUGCUUAGUGCUGCAACACUGCCGCUCGGCAUCCUAAUGGACCGAUUCGGCCCCAGACCCCUGCGCCUCACUGGGAGUGCAUGUUUUGCCUGCUCCUGUGCAAUGAUGUCUGUGUCAGCAUAUCAUCCCAACGUCCUCUCUGCCCUCAUCUUCCCCUCUUUGUCGCUUAAUGGGUUCGGAGGAAUCUGUCUGACCUUCACUUCUCUCACGUUGCCCAACAUGUUUGGAAGUCUUAGUUCUACAGUGAUGUCACUGAUGAUUGGAUCAUAUGCAUCGUCUGCUGUUACCUUCCCUGGAGUCAAGCUUAUUCAUGAUGCUGGUGUGUCGUUCAGUGUGAUCAUGUGGGUCUGGGCAGGCCUGGCUCUUCUGGUCUUCCUCAACUGCUUCCUGAAUUGGCCAGUGGAGUCUUUCCCCACACCAGAGGAGAUGGAAGAGAUGCAGAAGAUGGGUGCAGGUGAUGAGUCACAAAAACACACUCUGGCCUCAAGAGAGAAAAUGGAAGGUCAGGUGAACUACUCCACUGAUAAGCUGACUGAUGCUACCCAGAACACACCACACUCCGUUCCAUUUAGACGCUCAGUGUUUUCUCCCAUCUUCCUCUGGAGUCUGAUUACAAUGGGGAUGUCUCAACUGCGUAUCAUCUUCUUCAUGGGAGCCAUGAACAAGAUUUUGGAGUUCAUGGUCACGCAUGGCAAAACUGACCUUAAGUCCUCUUCUGAGCUUGGGGAGGCUGAGAAGAAAGUGAGCUUCUACUCGUCCAUCUUCGGGACACUGCAGCUCCUGUGCCUGCUCACCUGCCCUCUGAUUGGCUACAUUAUGGACUGGAAAAUGAAGGAGUGUGAGGAGGAAACUGGUCCUGCCAAGGGAGACCAACUGCGCAGCUCUGAUUCCAAACCCAAGCGUGACAGAAAGAUCCAGAAAAUUACAAACGCCAUGAGAGCCUUCAUCUUCACCAACAUGCUGCUCGUCCUGUUUGGCAUCGUCUCGCUCAUCGACAACCUACCUCUGCAGAUUUUGACAUUCAUCUUGCACACCAUGGUCCGAGGAUUCAUCCACUCCUGCUGUGGGGGACUGUAUGCUGCUGUCUACCCCUCGAAUCACUUUGGAACUCUGACAGGGCUGCAGUCUAUGAUCAGUGCUGUGUUUGCUCUGCUGCAGCAGCCUCUGUUCAUAUUAAUGUUGGGACCUCUGAAAGGAAAUGUCUACUGGAUCAAUGUGGGGCUCCUGAUCUUCUCAUUGGCUGGCUUCCUGUUGCCCGGCUACCUGUUCUAUCACCGCAGACACCUGCUGCAGGAGAAGGAAGCCCGAGACAAGGCGACGGGUCAGACUGCGCUAGAGGGUCAGGCUCUCAAACAAUCAGAAGCUAACGGCUUUAACCACCACAGCAACGGCCAUGUCCCGCAGGAGGCCUAGAUCCAGAGAAUAAAAGGACUUACGACGAGGAUUUUCCUUUUUUUCCAGAAUUUUUCAUUUUCCACAAAAAGUGCAAAACAGCUGCCAACAUGGGGAAUGGGCUGUUAGUGAGGACAUUGUGCACAUUGUUUUAGAGAGCGGUCAGUGUUGCAUUAAGCACCUUAUUAGUAGCUUCACAUGUUGGUGCUGGAUUAGAACUUUUCACUGAAGCCAUGAAAUUUCAUAGUUGGACUUUUUAAGAUGUUACACAACUUGAGCGUUGUUCUUUUUGCUUUUAGCGUGGUUUUAUGAAUAGUUAUGUUAUGCAAUCAUGCAACUUCUUUUUUUUUUACCUUGUAUUUAUUAGUAAUGUUUUUUUGUUUUUUUUAAAGAAUAGUUUUGGCCGAAACUAAUGCCCCUCCCCUCCCCGAGAUACAGUGUUCUGUAGUCCACCAGCAGUUUUGUUUUCCCUGCAGUCGUAGCUAAUGAUUAAGCGCUAAUGACCACAUCAGAAGCUAAUGGUCAUGCUGUAAGCAUCAUAGAUCGCAAAAAAAAAGAGCUCAGUCUAAGCAAACACGUAAACAAACGAAACACACGACUGUGAAGAACAGCUGUCCUAAAGCACACAAACCAAGUAACUUCACUUAACUUGACUGUAGACAAGCUACCUCAGCCAGUCAGGCAUUGUCUCUCAUGCUGACCCAGUCGGGCAGUUUGUCUGUGUCCUGUGUGUGUCUUCACUCACUAAAAAAAGGGUGAGUGACUGAGUGUGUUUAGGUUAUAAACAGCACCUGUCAAAAGUUUGGACACGUCUCUUCUCAUUCAGUGUUUUUUCUUCAUUUUUAUUAUUUUCUACUUUGUUGAUUUAAUAUGGAAGACAUUCAGACUAUAAAGGAACACAUGGAAUUAUGCAGUCAAAGUGUUACAGACCAUAAUAUGUUUUACACUUUACAAUCUUAAAAGAGAACUCUGGUGUGAAAUUGACUUUUGGUGUAGUAAAACAUGAUAAAGAGUAGUAACCUUUAUAUAGCCCAGCUCCGCUCUCCCGCAGCUUUCCGAGAUCCAGUAAAUUUGUGUUUUUUUUGCCCAGCACUUUGGCUUAACCACUUGCCCCUGCAGAUAAAUCACUUAAAAAGCUUAUUAAAAAGCACUGUUUACAACCCGUAGCGUAACCUAAGUUCUGGGUGCCACCAUCCUAAAGUAAAGUCUUGAUCAGUACAGUGCUGGCGGUGCCUGGGGAUGAUGUAGGUUAUGCUACAGGAUAUAAACAGUGUUAGUUUAAUGAGCUGCUCCUGCACUUUUAAAGUUCUGAAUGCCUCGUUUUAAAUCUCAGAGCUCUCCGGAUUCAACCAAUGAGGUGUGGAGCUACUUUAAGCUGGAUAACGAUGUAAAAAGCGGUUUAUCUGCAGGGGCAAGUGGAUGCCCCGAAACGCCUGUUGUAAACAGUGCUGGGCAAAAAGCACAGAAUUGCUGGAUCUCAGAAAGCUGCGGGAGAGCUGAGGUGGGCUAUUUAACAAAGGUUAGUACUCUUUAUCAUGUUUUACUAAACCAAAAGUCAAUUUUACAAGCUCUCCUUUCAGAUAGCAACAACGGCUGCACAAUAUAUCAUUUCAAUAUUGUAACGCAUUUCAGUACUUAGUUGCAAAAUAGUCCUAUCACAGGGCGUGCAGUGUCAUAUAAAGCAGUUUUUUUGCGUUGUUCUCAUUUUUCACUCAUUUUUCUAUCAAUUAUAAAAUAGGUUAUUUAUCCAAAUUAAUUUGUUUUGGUCCAAUCUUGCAUAGUGCUUUGUUAAUAUUGUGACACAAUGGAUAGACUUAUGAAGGGAUCUUAUUGGCUGCUUUUCUUUUACUCUGUGGUCCAACUCAUCCCAAACACUGAAUGGGAAGAGGUGUAUUCAAAAUUUUGACUGGUUCUGUACAUUAUUUUCAGUGUUUUUUUUUGUUUUUUUUUUGUCUUUUUGUCUUUUGAAAAAAUAUCAAUGCAAUCAUUUCAGCAACACCAAAGACACUGAUAAAAUAUAUUAAACAGAUAUGCAAUGUAUUUUUAUUUUAUUUUUUUUUUGGUUCUGUACAUUAUUUUCAGUGUUUUUUUUUUGUCUUUUUGUCCAUAUGAUGGGAAAAAAUAUCAAUGCAAUCAUUUCAGCAACACCAAAGACACUGAUAAAAUAUAUUAAACAGAUAUGCAAUGUAUUUUUUUUUUUUUUUAGUAUUGUGAAAAUAUGAAAAUACCCAAAACAAGAUAAUGUUUGUAAAAAAUGCUUCUGUACCAAUGAAUAUUAGUCUUUUUUCUUUCUUUUGUACUGUUAUUCACUGCAUACAUUAUUUUCCUCCACAUGUUGCGUUUUGUAUCUGUGUACUAUUUUUGUUAUUCUAACAUGUUUAAGCUUGAAACUCGUGCUGCUCUGUAAAAUGCGUCAGCUCUAUUUACUCAUCCUAUUUACUUAAGCUCGCUUUGAAGGUGUGUGUGAUGUCACUGGUGGUCAAAUAAUUUUUCAGUGGUCAGGGGUUGAAGUGACAUGUCACAGGAAGACACGCUAACCGUUCUGAGAGCUUUGUUGUUUAUAGCCAAACUUCAGCUUGCAUUCUGUUGCUGUGAAACCAGUGCCUUGCUUAAAAAUCUACAGUAUAUCUGUAUGAAUUGUAUGUGUUUCACUAAACGCACAUCACUAGAGAACAGAGGUUAUUGGCGGUUAAAGUUAUAAACCUCUCUGUGAAGAUCACAAAGCUACAUGAGAAUGAGACAUGAGUGUGAUAACAUUUCCAAAUAAAGACAUGCACAAAAA